ACUCACAUACUUCCGACUACAGAGCAUUCAAUCUGGAGCGGCCCAUCUAUACUCGGUCCCAAUUCUUCAUCUAUCGCGACUUCCUUUUUAGUGGCUACUCGAAGGCAAGAGAGUGUAUCAGAGCGAGCUGGCACGAUUUCCAGACAUGGCAAGCGAAACCGACCUUCGACUACUCGCGGCGCAAGUCGACCGCAAAGUAAAGACACUGGUCAAUAAUGAUCUGAAGGAAAUCUGCCGCGUAGAGAAUCUGCCCGUGUCGGGUGUGAAAGCUGCGCUGCAGAAGCGCAUCUCUGAAGUCAUCGCUAGCUACCUCCGCCGUAACGAUCGAUCAGCACUCACGCGCCUCGAAUAUCAGACCAAUAAUCAAGGUCGUACGCCUCCAGCAACGAGUCAUCAGCCGUCGCUAGCCCGCGAUACCAUCACUCCUGUUUCGCCAGCUCCACACACUACCGUCGGCAUGCCCGCCUAUCCAAGGCCCGCAGGCAUUUCUUAUCACCAGACUCUGGGCGCUCGUCCAGCUGCUGCAUCUCGUGCCUCGGUCAAGUUCAGAGAGAGUCCCUUCUAUCAGGUCAAAGAAGCAAUUAUGCCCACGCGAGAACUGUCAGAAAUGCCACAUAAUCGUCACACUCUACAAGAAACAGUCAAGCUCAGUGAUGCUAUCUGCACAUCAUUAAAGGCGGAUCCGUCUCUGCGCGUCAUGCUCUACUGCGCCACUACUUCGACUCUAGGCCCCUACGCUUUCAACGUCGACAUUGCUUUCCCGAGUCAGAUCGAGGUCAAGAUCAAUGGAGACGAGAUUCGCAAGAGUUUCAAGGGUCUCAAGAACAAACCCGGCACCACCAAGCCUGUCGACAUUACCGAUCUUCUAAGAAAGGCCGCAGGAUAUCAGAAUGACCUCCACGUAACUUAUGCGCUCACGAAGGAACGAUUCUCUCUCAUGGUCAACCUGGUGAAAGUUACAUCUGCGACCGAGCUCGCAGCCCGGCUCAAGCAAACUGGAAGCCGGAUCCCAAAGGAUACUGUCCUCCGAGAAAUGGCCGUCAAAGCAUCAGACCCUGACAUCGUCACCACUUCCACUGUCAUGUCUCUCAAGGACCCAAUCUCUACCAUGCGCAUCAAUCUUCCUUGCAGAUCCAACGUCUGCUCGCACAAUCAGUGCUUCGACGGUUCGUACUUUCUGCAGCUCCAGGAACAGGCACCGACAUGGACGUGCCCCGUCUGCAACAAAACCCUCUCUUACCAAAGUCUGUGUGUCGACAACUACGUCCAAGACAUAUUACAAAACACCUCGAGCUCUGUCGAUCAAGUCAGAGUCGAGGCCGACGGACAGUGGAAAGCAGUCGAUAACAGCGACGACACCAACAGUCAUCAUAAAUCUCAGCCAAGGGCAGCUUACGACAAUGACAGCGACGACGACAUAAUUGAGAUUCAGGAUACUCCAAAAAAGUCGGAUGCUGUGGAGAAGAUCAAGACUGAAGGCCAAUCGGCUACGCCAGCACUUGCGCAACAGACGCCACCCGUCUCACGUGAGACAUCGACAGUGGCUCCCCGGCCCAGCGCCAAACGACCCUCUGCGGCGGUCAUCGACUUGACCCUAUCGGACGAUGAGGAUGAACCCCCAAGGCCAGCUAAACGCACUACCACGAGUCAGAACACCUCCUAUAAUACUCCGGCGAGUCUCCAAGACGGCAGGUUUGCUGACUUGGCCAAUAGACCGUCUAGCAUAGUAGGAUCUGGCUUACCACCCAUAAAUCCCGGCAAUCCUCUUGCACUACCUCCGAUCAAAGCACCACAACCGAAUGGAGGUCUACCACAAGGGCAACGAUUACCAUGGCCAACAGGAGCACCUGUCUGGUCUGGCACGUAUAGAGACUCGCAAAGCUAUAGCAACAGUCCAUCUUAGGGCCUGGACGUAGCCAAGGACAUACCUUGAUUGAUUUUACGACAGCGGCUAACGAAAUAUGGCGAGCACGGCGUUCCCUAGGCGGGCACAAGGACUGAUGGGUGCGGCUGCAUUAAGGGCGUAUCAUUUGCGGAUUUGGGGGUUCUUUGUUCUUACAGCACGGCGUGAUUGGGAGGGGGGAAAGAUGAUACCAUGCGCUGAUCUUAGUAUUAGAGCGCCUUGCUUAUUGAGAGACGUGCUCUCGACGGUCUACUUCGGUAGACGAAUCAUGACUGAUUCUGUUCAAAUUACUAUACACACGACAUCUUCGACUUCUGGUGGUAAAAAAAGUGAAAUGUGAUUGUUGACGAUUGU